AUGGCCACUGCUGCUCGACUAGCGGUUCACCGGACUCUGUCCACUCCCGAAGUACUCGAGUUGAUUCUGUUGCAACUGGACCUUCGGACGCUCUUGAUGUCCGCCCAAAGAACCUGUCGGGCAUGGCGCACUCUGAUCCAGGACUCACCGGCAUUGCAGAGGGCUCUGUUUUUCAUGCCUGGCACCGGUGAUUCCUCCGGUCGCAAAGUUUCGAAUCCACUCUUGGUCGAAGCAUUCCCAUUCGUUUUUGACGCGUCGACAAAUAUGACAUUCCCCGAAUAUCGAGAUGGCGAGUGCCUUUCAACCUGCCGCAUGGCCAAAUACCCAGAAACGCAAACGGCCUUUCUUCGACGAGAGGCCAGUUGGCGUCGAAUGCUGCUGCAACAGCCCCCGGUCUUUAAGCUAGCGCGGUGGCAUUCUUUCUACGGCGCCUUUGGCGUCUAUCUAUACUAUGAGGUUCCAGGAGAUCCUAGCAAAACGAAAGAUGGCCUACGCAUGGAAACGCUGUUCGAGCAUCUCUUUUUUGCGCCACAACUCGGAUUAAGCGUCUUUGAAGCGCCAAGAAUUACUUGGUGGGGUCGCGAUGCGUCCGACCGGGCAAUCGUGCGCCAUCUCGAGCGCUUGGGGGAUUUUGUCGUCGAUACUGACAUCCUGAUCUCUUCCUGCAGCACUCAUAACUGUUGCGAACUCCCCGAAGUCCGAGAGGAGGAUCAGACUUUGGACGCACGAUUGGGCUCGCGGAUAUGGAAUAGUUAUCAUGAAUUGGGUCUAAGGGCUCGGUGCCAAGAGGAGGAAGGGUGGAUGGGAGAUGUGCGCCAGCUGCAAUUCCAGUAUGACCUGGACGACGAUCUCUAG